CAACCAUCACACACAAUGGCUCCCGUACAAUUCUGGUCGACCCCUGGUCUCUACGUCAAGUGGGCUGCCCGCAACAAGCCCGCCAUCUUCUGGUCCAUCGUCGUCGGCAGCGUCGGUCCCGUCAUGGCCCUCGUCGUCCCUCCCAUCCGCGCCCGCUUCGGUGACGGUCCUCGUCCUCAGAUCCCCUUGACCUACCCGAUACCCAAGGGCCCUCGCAACAUCCCUUCCGGCUACGAAGACUAAAUCACUCGCCAAACCCUCACAUAUCCGACCUUUCCAUCACCCGCGCCAACCCAUCCGAUACUUGUACAUACGAGCACUGCAGCCGUUACUACACCACCCCGACCAACCGAUACAGGGAAUCCUAUUUUCAACCGGAGUCUUGGGCAUAUCAAUUGACUUUUCCCUCUUCCAACAAUUGUCCUUUUACGAAUGCAAAAUAUACCAGCCAGAGGCUAUUUUCUAUUUCCUACCUUGUGUGCCCCGAUCUUGUGCACAUGCUUGAAGCUCGAACACAUCAUCAAUUCAAUUUAACAAAAGAUAAACAGGUCAUGAGGUCACGGUGAUGAUGGCGAAGGUUAAGAUCAUGGGGGAAUGGAAUCAGUGAUGCUGACUUUUAAAAUGUACCGAGUUGUUUCCAUCUGAAAAUGCAAGCUUGACGUCAAGCACGUCUGCAAUUUAGCAAGCAUUGUAAGUCUAUCCUCUGCCAAUUUCCAUCGAUUAGUCGUUUCUC